AUGUUUUUUCGCAACGCCGUCGCUGUAACAAGCCUUUUGGCUGCACUUUCUAGUGCCCAACCCUCCGGUCCCGAAUUGGCCGUGUACUGGGGUGCUGAAGAUGAUAGCACGACUCUCAGCGACGUGUGUUCAGACAAUUCCUAUGGCAUUGUGAAUCUUGCCUUCCUCGACACUUUCUUUGCUGCAGGAGGUUUUCCUCAACUCAGCAUGAGCGGGUUGGAUGGCCCAUCUCAAGCUCAGAAAAGCGCUGGUGCCACUGGUCUCAAGGAUGGUAGCAGCCUUGUGGAUGCUAUCAAGCAGUGCCAGUCGGCCGGGAAGCUGGUUCUUCUUAGCCUUGGUGGCGCUGGCGCUGAUGUCACUCUCCAAUCAGACUCUGAUGGGGAAAAAAUCGCUGAUACGCUUUGGAAUCUGUUCGGUGGUGGUACUGAUAACCAAGAGCUGCGCCCCUUUGGAGAUAUCAAGCUUGACGGCUUCGACCUGGACAAUGAAUCCGGCAACCCCACGGGUUACCUAGCUAUGGUAAAGCGUUUCAAGUCCAACUUCCAGUCAGACACAAGCAAAACCUACUUCCUCACUGCGGCUCCCCAAUGCCCUUUCCCCGAUGCCUCGCAGCCCCAAGAUGUUUGCAGUGAAUUGGACUUUGUCUGGGUCCAGUUUUACAAUAACGGCGAUUGCAACAUUGCGCAAUCUGAUUUCCUAAAUUCCGUCCAGACAUGGAGCAGCGGUAUUGGCAACGCCAAGCUGUAUAUAGGUGCUUUGGCUAGUGGCUCUGAUGGUGAUCAGGGCUUCGCUGACGCUAAUACGCUAUUGGGUGCUAUUCAGGAUGUAAAGAACAUGAAUCUCUCCAAUUACGGCGGUGCCAUGCUUUGGGAAGCCCAGCUGGCGGUUCAAAACGACAACUUUCAGCAGAAAAUUGCUCCCGGUCUAUAA